AUGAAAGUGCAAAAGUCCAACUUCCCAGAUCUGGAUGAGUAUGGAUUCCUCAAGACGCCUGAAUUUGUGCCGCGGCUCGGGGACGAGCUGGGGAAGGAGGUGGAGGAGAGGGAUGAUAUCUGGCGGAGGCUGUUUCAUCGAGGGCUGAGGGGUGCGGAUCAGGCCAAGUACUAUGAUGAUGCUGUAGUCCGCUCGGCACUGAAGUGGCUCGAAAGCCCACCUGAGGACAAGCCUUGGGUGCCAUGCAUGCCGCUGAUCUUCCCGCAUUGUCCUUUCCAGGUUGAGGAGCCAGACUUCUCGAUGUAUGAUCGGGAAGAUAUGCCUCCGCCGUCGAGUAAGGAUGACAAGACAGGCUACGAACCACAGUACAUGGCUACCAACUGCGAGCGAUGCGGCACGGAUAGCGCUACGCGCGAGCUCGGCUGCGUGGUCGCGAGGACCAAGGAGCGGGGACACUGGGACAGCACCGUGGCCAUGUUCUUCACGGACAACGGCGAGUACUUGGGCGAGCACUUUCCCGUACUGCGGGCGGCCCUUUUUGAGUUCGCCUUCAGCGAGGGCUGCUUCCUUCUGAGCGAGGGGCCGCUGCUGGAACAGGCGCUAUACCCGUACGACAUCGAGCCUGCCCUUCAGCACGAGGAUACGGCAUUGGUGGGAAAGGCAGUGUCUAUCAGGGACAAGGAGUGA